CAAGACGUAUUACGUUCAUUGUGACUCACAAGAAAAUUUUCUACAAUAUAAGCCGGCACGAGUAUAAAUCACAAACAUUUUGGGCGGGAAGUCAGUCGUCGUUAAUAUGAUGGAGUCUCAGCGCAGGGGAUUACGGGUUUUGAAUACGUCCGAACAUAUAGAGCCAAAGAAAACACAGCUUUCAGUUGAGAAAAAGCCUGGAAUAAUACCUGCUAAACAUUUUGUAAAGGAACCAAUUGCCAAUAAACCCGUUGUCAACAAAGUUGCUCCGUUUAUUAUUUUCCAAGACCCUAUUGAAACUCAUUGCCAGCAUUGUGGUGCUUUGCGCUCUAAAAGCCAGAAAGAUCAGCAUCUUAAUUCCUCGAAAGAGUAUAAGGAAACUGCUACUCAAGUGGAAGUCAUAGACCUUAAUGCUUGGUUGUGUUCAGAGCAUGCACCUGAAAAGUAUUGGGAAACCGUCGCGGAACAAAGGCGAGUGGCUUUAAAGGAAACCUUAGAUGAAAAUUUGCAGCUGUGUGAACUCGUUGAGAAGCUGAACUUUGAAAUUGAAAGACUAAGUGCCAUCGCUUCAAGUGGUGAUCACAUUGAUUCGAUGUACAACCAAUUAUUUGGAGGGCAAGAAGCACACAGUGAUCUCUCCGCAAAGCCUCAGAAACCCAGCUGUGAACCUAACCCAGCACAAUUGACGUGAAUGCUUCAUACCGGGCUUUAUGAACUAAGUCUAAAGAUUUGAACCUUAGAUUUUGUGAUUACUUUUGUAUUUGUGUAUGAUUUCAUGAUGCUAAUAGAUAUGUUAUCAAUGUCUUCC